GUACAGUUCAGACAUGAUUGAGUCUUCAUCGGUUCUUUACCUUUUUAUCGCUUUCAUUCAGCUCUUAAAAAAUCCUGUACAACAUCGAAACUGUUUUGCUACCUGAGAUCACAAAAGUAGGAACGCGACAGCAUCCCUUUAUUGUUUUUUGCUUUAUUCUCUGUUCUUGGAAAAUAGUAGCCCGAUCAAUGACGAUGUAGAAUUUGGAGGAGGAAAGACAGUAGGGAGUGAAAGAUAGAUUGGAGAAAAUGAAUGUUUCUUUGACUGUAAUGACCUUCAAUCUUCACGAAGAUCAGCCACCAGAUAGUCCCAAUGCAUGGGAGAAGAGGAGAGAUUUGUGUAUUAGCGUUAUCACCAGUUAUUCUCCGAUGAUUCUCUGUACCCAACAAGGUGUGAAAUCGCAAUUGGAGUUUCUUCAGCAAGGAUUGCCAGGCUAUGAUCAAUUUGGAAUUUCGAGAAAAGGAUCCCAGGAUACUUCAGAUGAACAUUGCACCAUCUUUUAUGACAAGGAAAAGGUAGAGCUGCUGGAAGGUGGAACCUUUUGGUUGUCAGAGUCCCCUUCUGUCCCUGGAAGCACAUCAUGGGGCUCUGUUGUUCCAUGUAUUGCGACAUGGGCAACAUUUCAACUAAAAAGGGUUGAGCAACCAGGGUUUUCAUUUCAGAUAGUCAACACGAACAUGGAUGAGUUCAGUCCUCGAGCCCGUAGACGAAGUGCUUUACUCACAUGGCAACAUAUAGCAUCCUUGCCUCCUAGCUUGCCAGUGGUAUAUUGUGGAGGAUUUAACACCCAAAAAGAAUCAACUACUGGACGUUUUCUUCUGGGGAGAUCAAGGGAGCAUGGUGUUGUUGGUGAUAUGAGGGAUGCGUGGCCCAGUGCUCGGGUACGGAAAAAUGUCUCGCUCGUACGCACUUUCCAUGGAUUCAAAGGUGACAAACAGGGUGUACUUGAAUUUAUGAAGUUGAUAUUUAGAGCACUUUGCCUCUGCUGGGAUCGUCAAACUCAGGAUCUGCAUAUAGAUUGGGUUCUUUUCAGGGGCAGAGCCCUAAUUCCUGUUUCAUGUGAAGUGGUGAAUGAUAACAUUGACGGGUACUAUCCAUCUUCUCAUUACCCAUUAUUUGCAGAGUUCAUGCUUCCUCGCAGUGUGAGGCUGCUUGAACCCCCACCUCAUGAGGAAAGCUAAGCUAUUGUUCUCAAUUUUAUGUUUAAAAUUUUGUGGCUUUAUUUUAUUCAAUUAUGUUUUUGGGGGAUGGGGAUUGAGAGGAGGAGGGCUAAGUUUUAUUCUAUUUUAUUGUCUUUUUGGUUGAUUAAGUGUUUGGUUACUCAUCAGGCACUUAUAUUUUGCAAGAUAUCCUGUAAGGUCUUAGGUCCUAGGAGUAAAGUUUGAAGCUGAAUUUGGACUAUUGGUGUGAUUCCAUAACAAUUAAGCAUGUGUGAUUUUUGGUUGCUUCCAAUUUCAUAAAGCAGUAGAACAAACUGCCCUCGUUUUCCAAUUUCAGAGGAAA